AAGAAAGAAAUGAGAUAGAGAGAAGGGUGGUUGCGUGUAAAUGAACAAAGUAUUAUCAUUCCAGUGUCUCACGCCGUCCUUCAAAUUCUCACUCUCUUCUCUCUCUUUCUCUCAUCACUAUCACUCACCACCACGCUCCUUUCUUCGUUUCUCCGUUCGUGCUUCUUCUUCUUCUUCCAGAGCGAUGUCAUCCCAUAUUGUUGGUUAUCCCCGCAUGGGACCCAAGAGGGAGCUUAAGUUUGCCCUGGAAUCAUUUUGGGAUGGAAAGAGUAGUGCUGAGGAAUUGAAGCAGGUUGCUGCUAACCUUAGAUCAGCUAUCUGGAAGCAGAUGGCCGAUGCUGGAAUUCAGCAUAUUCCAAGCAACACCUUCUCAUACUAUGAUCAAGUAUUGGACACAACAGCCAUGCUCGGUGCAGUUCCUGACAGAUAUAAAUGGAAUGGUGGGGAGAUUGGUUUUGAUAUUUACUUCUCCAUGGCGAGAGGAAAUGCAUCUGUGCCAGCUAUGGAAAUGACCAAGUGGUUUGACACCAACUACCAUUUCAUUGUUCCUGAAUUGGGUCCAGAUGUUAAAUUCUCCUAUGCAUCACACAAGGCAGUGGAUGAAUACAACGAGGCCAAAGCUCUAGGAGUUAAUACCGUACCUGUUCUUGUGGGACCAGUAUCCUACUUGUUGCUGUCAAAACCAGCUAAGGGUGUUGAGAAGUCAUUUUCACUUCUUUCCCUAAUUGACAAGAUCCUUCCUGUCUAUAAGGAAGUGGUUACUGAACUGAAGACUGCUGGUGCUACUUGGAUCCAGUUUGAUGAACCUACCCUUGUCAAGGAUCUUGAUGCUCAUCAGUUACAAGCAUUUAAUUAUGCUUAUGCAGAGCUAGAAUCAACUUUAUCUGGUUUGAAUGUUCUGGUUGAGACAUACUUUGCUGAUGUCCCGGCUGAAGCAUACAAAACACUCACCUCCUUGAAGGCUGUUACUGCAUAUGGAUUUGACCUUGUCCGUGGAACAAAGACCCUUGAUUUGAUCAAGCAAGGAUUUCCAUCUGGAAAACUUCUUUUUGCUGGUAUUGUUGAUGGAAGAAAUAUUUGGGCCAAUAAUCUUGAAUCUUCGCUGAACACCUUGAAGGAACUUGGGGACAUCGUUGGAAAGGAGAAAGUUGUGGUUUCCACAUCCUGUUCUCUUCUUCACACUGCAGUUGAUCUGGUGAAUGAGACCAAGCUGGACCAAGAAAUUAAAUCUUGGCUUGCUUUUGCAGCACAAAAAAUAGUUGAAGUAAAUGCCUUGUCCAAGGCAUUGUCUGGACAAAAGGAUGAGGUUUACUUUUCUUCUAAUGCUGCUGCUUUGGUUUCAAGGAAGUCCUCCCCAAGGGUGACAAAUGAGGAUGUCCAAAAGGCUGCUGCUGCUCUUAAGGGGUCAGAUCAUCGAAGGGUCACUAGUGUCAGCUCUAGAUUGGAUGCGCAACAGAAGAAACUGAACCUUCCUAGUCUUCCAACCACUACAAUCGGAUCUUUCCCUCAGACUGCAGAUCUUAGAAGGGUUCGCCGUGAGUUCAAGGCCAAGAAGAUCUCUGAGGAGGAUUAUAUCCGUUUCAUUAAGGAGGAAAUAAACAAUGUCGUGAAGAUCCAGGAAGAGCUUGACAUUGAUGUCUUGGUGCAUGGAGAGCCCGAGAGGAAUGACAUGGUUGAGUAUUUUGGAGAACAAUUAUCUGGCUUUACUUUCACUGCCAACGGGUGGGUGCAAUCCUACGGAUCCCGCUGUGUCAAACCACCAAUCAUCUAUGGUGAUGUGAGCCGUCCCAAGCCAAUGACUGUCUUCUGGUCUUCAACAGCUCAAAGUUUGACCAAACGGCCAAUGAAGGGAAUGCUUACCGGCCCUGUUACAAUUCUAAACUGGUCCUUUGUUAGAGAUGACCAGCCUAGAUUUGAGACUUGCUACCAGAUUGCUUUGGCUAUAAAGGAUGAGGUUGAGGAUCUUGAGAAAGCUGGUAUUACCGUCAUUCAGAUUGAUGAGGCUGCUCUAAGAGAAGGUUUGCCUCUAAGGAAGUCUGAGGAGUCUUUCUAUCUAAACUGGGCAGUUCACUCAUUUAGGAUUACAAACUGUGGUGUACAAGACACUACCCAGAUUCACACUCACAUGUGCUACUCAAACUUCAAUGACAUCAUUCACUCAAUCAUAGAUAUGGAUGCAGAUGUGAUCACUAUUGAGAACUCCAGAUCAGAUGAAAAGUUGUUAUCUGUCUUCCGUGAGGGGGUUAAAUAUGGUGCUGGCAUUGGUCCUGGUGUUUAUGAUAUUCACUCACCAAGGAUUCCACCCACAGAAGAAAUUGCUGAUAGAAUCAACAAGAUGCUUGCUGUUCUUGAAAGCAACAUCCUUUGGGUCAACCCAGAUUGUGGUCUUAAAACGCGAAAAUACACUGAGGUUAAGCCUGCUCUCACCAACAUGGUUGAUGCUGCCAAGCUCAUUCGCAAACAGCUAGCUAGUUCAAAGUGAUUGAUAAUGAGACUACAAAGUCAUCUAUCUAUGUGAGAGAACGUGCUCCAGUUGGAAAACUAAAUGCUAUAUAUUUUGAAUAAUUUUUUAUAUAAGUGUCCGUCCUUUGUUCUCGCACAUCAUGCUCUUUUUGUUGUAGGUAUGCAUUUUACAGUAUAUGAACAGGCAUAUGAAUAAGCUGUUAAGUUGUCUAUUUUGUUUUUCA